CGCUAGGCCCAGCUGGGUGGUUCCCUCGCGCUAGACUUGUGCAUGUUGUCCCUUCUGCAUUUCGGAGAAGAUGGCGUCGCAGAGAGGAGUCCCUAUAAGUAAGCUAUGUCCAAAGUUCCUCCACACAAACUCCACCAGCCACACCUGGCCCUUCAGCGCCAUCGCUGAACUAAUAGACAAUGCCUAUGAUCCUGAUGUUAACGCCAAGCAGUUCUGGAUUGAUAAGACCCAGAUCAAAGACCAAGACUGCCUCAUCUUCAUGGACAAUGGAAAUGGAUUGGACUAUGAAAAGAUGCACAAGAUGCUCAGUUUCGGUUACAGUGAUAAGAGGGUCAUAAAUGGCAAAUACCCGAUUGGUCUCUAUGGUAACGGCUUCAAGUCCGGGUCCAUGCGUCUGGGGAAAGAUGCCAUUGUGUUCUCCAAGUCGCAAGACGGAGACACCAUGCAAGUAGGCAUGCUCUCCCAGAGCUACUUGGCACAGAUCAAAGCAGACGAGAUCAUUGUGCCCAUCAUCUCCUUCCAAUGUGUCCCACACAGCCAGUAUAAGUUCUAUGUGAAUGAGAAGCACAAGGCUAGUCUGCAGGACAUCCUGCGCUACUCUAUCUUUAAUACUGAGAACGAGCUGCUCGAGGAGCUCAAAGCCAUCAGCUCCACAGGCUCCUCGGGAACACGCAUUAUCGUCUGGAACCUGCGCAGGACGAUAACAGGUCCGACAGAAUUUGAUUUCACGACAUUCAGCGACGACAUCAAAAUCCCAUUGGAUGUAUUGGAGAGCACCAUUGAGCAAUACAGACAGUCAGAGCUGCUCACAAAACCAGAGAGUUACUACUCACUACGUGCAUACUGCAGUAUUCUGUACCUGAAGCCCCGGAUGCAGAUCAUAAUUCGAGGUCAGAAAGUGAAGACUGAGCUCAUCUCCAAGAGCCUGGCUUACAUUGCUAAGGACCAUUACAAGCCCAACUUUGUGAACAGACGCAUCCCCGUGACCUUUGGGUACAACACCAAGAGCAAGGACCAAUACGGCAUCAUGAUGUACCACAAAAACCGCCUUAUCAAAGCCUAUGAGCGAGUGGGCGUUCAACUCAAGGCCAACAUCCAAGGUCUCGGGGUCAUUGGGGUCAUCGAGUGUAACUUUCUGGAGCCCACCCACAACAAGCAGGAUUUUGACAAUACUGACAAAUACAGGAAAACCAUCAACAACUUGGGGUUAAAGCUGGAGGACUACUGGAAAGAGAUACGCUUUAAGAGAAACAAAGAAGAUCCUAGCAGCACCACACCAGUGGAAGACACCAUGAAACGUCCAGACCAGAACUGGGUGCAGUGUGACACCUGCCUGCGCUGGAGGAAGCUGCCAGAUGGAAUUGAUUGCAAACGGCUCCCAAAGGAGUGGUUCUGCCACAUGAACCCUGACCCCCAGUUCAGGAGCUGCACGGUAGAGGAAGAGCCUGAAGACUCUGAUGAUGACCAACCUUCAUACCAGAAAACCCACAAGCAGCAUGAAAGGAACACCAAAAUGAAGCCGGAUAAGAAACGACAACAGAAUGAAGAUGAGCAGAAGCCAGAGCAGAUGCAGAUUAAGGCGCUGGCUCAGAACAAGACUCUGAAGCACCAGAGGAUCUCUUGCCUCACCAAAGCAUCCCCGUCAACCCCUCCGGCCCCGUCAACCCCUUCAAACCCAAGAAUGAAGAGAACCCUGGCCAUGACCCCUGCAAGGGAGACAAAAAGACCCAGGUUGAAUGGUUUCCACAACAACACCCCCAUGGAGACUGUAUCACCAGCUGCAGAAACAACCAUGUCAUCCACGUUAGUCGUCAUCCCUGUUGACGAUGACGACGAUAACAUCAUGGAUGAUGAGGACAUUAUGAUCUUGGAGAUCAACAGCACCCCUAUUCAAAAGAAGGCAACCUUUGACCUUGCCAUGGUAAAAUCAGAGCGCAGGGCCAUGGAGACACCUUCUGGCACUGGCAACGUUAAAACUAGCUGCACAGGAACAAGCUCUGUGGAGACGGGAACUGCGGCGACCAGCUACUCCCCUCCACCACCUUCCUCAGAGCAGGUGAGCAUCACCACCCAGACAAAGAUAUGGAGCACAGUGAAGGACGAAGAUGAGGAGCACAAGGAGGAAAAAGGGAGGGACAGAACCGAACCAGGCCCUUCCACACCAAACCCACCCUCUGCUGGCCCAUCCACACUAGGCCCAUCCUCUUCUGGUCCAUCCGCCCCAGACCCAUCAGACCAUCCUAUGAUUGACUUCCGUAACCUGUCAGAGGCCCAGGAGCAGCAGGACCAGCUGCUGGAGCUCAUGCAGGCUGCAGCCCACGAGAGGGACCAGUUCAAGGAGCAAGUCAUCAAGUUGACCUCCCAGCUCCAUAACCUGGAGGGCAGCAUGCAGGAGCUCUCCCAGGCCACUGUGAAGGGAGAGCACUGCCACCAGGCCUGUCAGACUGGAGAAGGAGGGGAAGAAGGAGAGCAGUCGGAGAGGAUUAAGGUUGAGAUUAUAGAGGAGGAGAGGGGCAACCUCUGGUCUCUUUGUGAGACGCUGCAGCAGGACGUGGUGGAGCUGAGGAGGGAGAAACAAGAGUGGGAGCGAGAGAAACAGGAGAGAGAUAAACAAGAGAAAGAGAAACAGCUGAGAGAGAAACAGGAGAGUGAGGGAGCUCAGACAUCAGCUGACCAGGCAGAGAGACUGAGGGAGCUUCGGAGGAGCAUUGGUCGUCUCCUGGUCACAUUUGUCCCAGCGCUGGACCUCGAACAAGUAAACUAUGACUGUUCAGUCAUUGACGAGAUCCUCGACCAGGUUCUUACUGACGUGGAGUCCAUGGGGCCUGUGUAGGGGCCUGUGGGCGGGAUAUGGAUGGAGGGGUUGUCAUCCAUCUUACUCUGUAAGGUGAGGCAAACUUGGGGAUAGUCACAUGAUUCCUGCCUAUCCCUUUUUACACUAUUUAAACUUGUUUUAUAGGGAUUUCUUUUACAAAAAAAAGGAAAUGAACACAUAAUACCCCAUAAUGACAAAGUAACAACAGGUUUGUUGAAAUUUUUGCAAAUCUAUUAAAAAUAAACAUACCUUAUUUACAUA